AUGUCUACCCAAGAAUUCACUACUACAGCUUCUCCUAGCAAAUAUGUCUCAUCAAUGCAAUAUGUAGAGACUGGUCAUCAGAGAAAACUACGUAAGGGUAAAGGUAACUUCUUCGUUGAACUGCUCGAAAAACUUGGUGAAAAGUUAUAUUGGAUCUACUACAUCCAUUUGCCAUUUUAUUUAAUGACUUCAUUCGAUUCAUUCUGUCUUCACAGCUCAUUUCUAAUUGCAUUCACUGUUGGUUGUUUCGGUUUCAUUAAGUACUGUUUAUAA